AUGCCGCCCAAAGCCAAAGCUGGCGCAGCCAAAGGCGCGAGCAAGCGCUCCACCAAGCCAUCACAGUCUGGCUCAUCUUCCAAAGGGAAGAAGAAGACUGGUCCGAAGCCUGCCCCGACUCAACACAAGCCAAAGCCAAAUGCUGGAAGCGACAAGAAGAAAAAGCCGCCGCAUAUGAGAUACACCGAGAAAGAGCUGAAGAUACCACAGCUGAAUGGUAUCAGACCCGCGGGUGUUCAGAAGCCUCCAAAUGCGAAGAAGGGAAAGAACUUCGUAGAUGACAAGGAGAGCAUGAAUGCGAUCAUGGCAAUGGUGAUGGCGGAGAAGGAGGGCAAUCUUGAGGGCAAGAUGAUGAGGGCACGGCAGAUGGAGGAAGUGAGGGAAGCAAAGAAACUCGAAGCCGAGAAGCGAGCGCAAAGUAAGAAAGACGGACUUGAGGGCAGAAAAGAAGAGUUGAAGAAGGGCGGCAAGAAGCGAAGAAAGUCAGACGGUGAUGCGGCAACCGACGGAGACAAGCAGGAGGAUGACAGCGCGAGGAAAACGAAGCGCAAGAGAGUGAGCUUCGGCUGA